GCAGGUCAAAGGGGGCGGGACGAAGAGGUCUACGGAACUAGGCUCGUUCGGAGAUAGCGCUGGUACUGCGAGAAGUCUGGUACUGUACGUGAGUGGAGAGACAGACCUGAGUACUAAAAGCUUAUUGGACACUUUCCUCUGGAUAAAACCAGCAAUCUAGGACAUUCCCUCAAGCCUAACCUUCCUCCAUCGAGGUCGGGUUAACUUCAUAAAUGUCACUCCUUAAGCCAUCCAUCUUGAUUUCCCCAAAUUUGCCUCUGUAUGGGUAUGGACAAGAAAAAAAAGCUCAGAAUUUCCUGCGAUCUAAGCGAGAUCGGCGCCAAAAACUACAACUCCCAGGGUUCUGUGUGCGCUCCUGGGGGCGGGGUUUUGACCGCAGUUCCAGAGAAGAGAUGGCAGAGCCUGCUGGGUCUCACCGCCGAUCGCUGUACAAACAGGUGCGCCCUCCACACUGGAAAGAGGCAUUCCGGCAGGGAUGUCUGGCAAGAAUGAGAAACAGCCGGGACAGGCUCCUGAACAAGUACCGCCAGGUUGGAGGCAGUGCGCCAGGGACAGCUCCAAGUACCCUUCUAGUGCAAGAGGUGAUGGAGGAAGAGUGGAACUCAUUCCAGGAGGACUCGGCUCAGUUGGGGUUGUCGAUUGACUUGUCUGUGCUGGAGGAAAUCCAACAGGAGCUGAUUGAUGAAGAACAGUCCAUAAUCAGCGAGUACGAGAAGAGCUUGCAGUUUGAUGAACAGUGUCUCAGCAUCAUGCUGGCUGAGUGGGAAGCAAACUCCCUCAUCUGUCCUGUGUGUACAAAGUACAACUUGAGAGUAACAGGAGGUGUGGUGGUAUGUCAGUGUGGCCUGAACAUCCCAUCUCACUCUCCAGAGCUGACAGAACAGAAGCUUCGUGCCUGUUUAGAGGCUAGUUUAAAUGACCACAGUGCACACUGUCCCCAUAAUACUGAAUUUUCAGUCACGGAUGGAAGAGAAGAAAAGCCCAGUCUUCUCAUGACCUGUCUGGUAAGCUUCUCGGGGGAACCUGUCAUAGGUAGGAGUAGGUUCAGUGGUUGGUUUUACUCCCAUCCUAGUGGAAAUGGCGGCCUAGAAACAGGUGAAUGUUUAAUGCAGUGUGUAUUUAUAGAAGAGUGAAGAUCCUAAGUCACUUCAACUAAAAAAGACAGUCAUUCCUGCAAAGAGAAAGGGACGAGGCAGCCUAGGAUCAAAAGCACUUGUGUGGGAAUUGAAGAGUCUGGCUACACUGCCUGACCUUAGAUCAGCAGCAGUAGUCUUGGGCUCCAGAGGUCAGGUCAUGGUCCUAAGACACAGAUGACUGUCCUGCACCACUUCUGUAGAUGGAUACAGGACAGAAAGUACAGCUUUGUCUCAGCAAGUCUUUACCAAGGCUCAGGGUUACAUGACAACUUGGGUGCCACCUGUAUUAGCAGCCUUACGCUUGCUACAGGAACCACUGACAUUAUAACUUCUGUAUCUUGGGUAAGGGGAACUUUGGGAUUAUUGAACACAGCAGCAUGCCAGUUAUCAGUAAAAUUUGACCUCUCACAUAGAAUCGGCCAUUCUUUCAUAGGUCAGGGUGUCACAGCAAAUGUGAGAAGCUAAGAGGAAAAAAAGACAAAAUUAUUCGCUAGCUUGUGAGUUCAACAUUUUGAGUAGACAUUUGGAAUGUUCUAGAAUCGGUGUGCCAAUAGGCCUGUUUUUCAUUCGAGGAAGUUAAGAAACUGGGAGAAGACCCAGUUAAGCCAAGCCAUAGAACAGUUCAUCGCAGAUGUGGAGGAUGAGUGGAAGACAACAGGUGCGGCUAGAGUGUGGUAGUGUGAACAGGAGAUAGGAGUACGUGAGAUCGGAGGACAGUAGUGUGAAGCUGGGCUCCAGGGUAGAACGCGCUACCCGUGAGCAGGGUCCUGUGGUCCUCCAAAGAAAACCGCGUAUCUUACCUAUGGAAGCAGAGACAAGGUUGGGACAGACAGGAUUCCCAAGCAUACUGCUAGCUGAGCAAAGAAGCAGGUGCAUAUAUGCUCAGACGCUACUAAUCCUGUAGCUCAAGAAAGGUCUGGUGCAAUUGAUGGGCCUCCAGGUUUAGCUGUAGAGAACAUACAUGGGUUCUUUUGCCUCCAUGCGUUUCAGCCUUAUGUUAACCGGUUUUGGGGCUGUAAAAGAUCCAAGCUGUCAAGUUUUAAUUCUGGUCACUGGUUCCCAAGGCUGAGGCUUUUGAUUGUUAUCUCUAGGACUUGAUUUUAGCGUAAAGAUGAGACAUUGCCUUAAAGGCAGCUUUUUCUCUUCUGAGGUAUGCCCCCAACUCUUUGACACCUGAGUCUCAGUUGCCCAUGCAGCGUUGGAUUUGCGGUGCUUCUGCCUCAGAGUGCUCGGAUCACUGGUGUGCACCACACCUGGCACUCACAGGCAGCUGUGUGAUGAUGUAGGACAGAAGAUUGCAAGGUCAAGGGUGGGGCUUUUCAGUGGCCUCUCUGACAAACAGUUCUACUGAAUUCCAAACUGUAACCUAACUUGUGUGGCACCAUGCAAGGUGUAGGAAUUGCACUUGUAGUAUAAAUGUCAUUACUGAGACUAAAGUUUCAUGAUUACAUUUGAAUGUAUACCAACUUUACUUUGUUUCAAUCCAGGCUUGUGACACUUGGGCUGUGAUCCUGUAGCUUGAGCCUGAACUCACAUCGUUUCCCUCUGAGAAGAGGCCUUGUACAUAGACCUUUUAUUAAAAAAGUAUUUUGUAUUAUAACUUUUUCAAACACCUCUACUCUGAGUUUUGAUCCAAACUGAAGAAAUAGAAAAGAAACUACUCUGGAGGAGAUAAAACAAUUUUAAUGUCCAUAAUUAUGUUACAAA